GAAACUCGACACCGGCUGCUUGGCAACCGAGCAAGUCCAGACACAAGCGGAGCCGAGCGCUGCUCCCCUCAUCAGUCAGCGCGGAGCUCUCCGCCAGCCUCCUCCUCCACCGCGGCCGCCCUGCACGGCUCCACUCGGCUCUCGGAGCGGACACACGCCGUGCUGGCUUCGCCGCACAGCCUCGUUUUUCUCCUUCUCCCUGUAGUGGUCGCAGAGAGGGGCUGACGCUGAUCAGACCGCCGUUAGCCGUUACUGCGGAGACGCUUUGAGGGGAAUCGUGUUUUUAUUAAGUCUGUUUUCAACAUGAGGAAAGUCUGAGGUGGCGGUGAAAAUGAGGAAAGUCUAACAUGGCAAAGUGACCCGGGUCUGUGGUGCCUCUGGCGUUUUCACUCAGUUUUCACUCAGACCUCUGGCUGCUCGGACCAAAUGCAUACAAAUGCAUUUAGGAGCCCAACGGACAAGGAGGGGACACGUCGCUCCCACGGCCAAAACGCGAGCCCUCCUUCUGCUCCUGUCAGUAUGUGCCACUGUGCUGUUUGCAGAAGAGCAUUCACAGGCUCAAGGUGUAGAUCUUAUUCUCCAGCUGGGCCUGUCCAAUCGCAGAGAUGCCACACACUCUUCCUGGGUGACCCCCUCCACGUCCUCCCCACCCCUUGUUCCCUCCCUACCAUCUCUUUCCAUCCUGCCCACUGGGAUCGGGGUAACUCUGGGGCGAGACACCCUCAUUGAGGCCCCUGUGGUGGGUCUCCUUCCGGCAGGCGUGGAGAAGGAAUUCUCCAUUGUGGUGAGCGUCAGCUCCCAGCAAGUCAGGAAUGCCUUUUUGUUCAGCGUGCGGGACAGCGCUGACCGGCUGCAGUUUGGCCUGCAACUGCUGCCUGGCCGGGUGGUGGUGUACACGGGUGAGAAGGCAUCUGUCUACUUUGGCUUCGAGGCGCAGGACGGGCAAUGGCACUCGUUCGCAGUUGCGGUACGCCCACGUUCUGUGUCAUUCUAUGCCCACUGCGGGGGCUUACAGUACAGUGAAGAGACCCUCACCAGGCCACGAACCAUGGGCUUGGACGGCUGGGUGACCUUGGGGAGGAUGAGCUCCAGAGCGCCGCAGUUUGAAGGUUCUCUGUGCCAAUUUGAGAUCUAUCCGUCAGCGCAGGUCGCGACGCAUUACUGCGACUAUGUUAAAAAACACUGCAGACUGGCAGACACUUUCCGAUCGCACUUGACAAGCACAAUGUCCCUGUUACGCUCAGUGUCCCCCUCUGUAGGGUCCCCUGUAACCACCCCCAUUGCUUCUCCUGCCCCUUCAGAAACACAUACUCAGAACUUAGCAGAGGUCACCAGCUCCACUCUUGGGAACCCUUUAGGGCAGUUUCGCUCUACAAGUGCUUCCUUUUGGGAUGCACUGAGCAACAGCAUCGUUAGACGUGUUAGUCCAUCUCCAAGUCCACUCAGCCCACUGCAAUCUCGUGAUCUUACACCAAGGACUACCACCAGCACCCUUCCACAUGAGGGGGCACUUCUAAGGGAGAACGACACAGAGGACCAGCGGCCGCUGGGAAGGCCCCGUGCUACUCGGGCUACCCCAGACUUGAUCUCUUUAGACAGGCAGAGCCAGUUGAAAGAGUCCCUGAGGAAUGGCGGCAGCACGCAGCAGCCCAGCGACGAUCUAAUGGAGACCCAGCUGAAAGUGAAUGGUGCGACCUUGUACAGGCAACACAGUGACCACAAUCAGCUAGAGCAAUCCAAGGAGGAUGAUGAGGAACGGCUGUAUGACACAGGAGACUCGGAGGGAUACGGAUACGAGUAUGGAUUAGAGGAAGGAGACUAUUUCUUAGAAUAUGACAGCUUUGAUGGUCUGAAAGGGGAUCCAGGUCCACCGGGUCCUCCAGGUCCUCCCGGUCUCCCUGGGCCACCAGGAAAGAGAGGGCCACGGGGUCCUCCUGGUCCUCAUGGGAAUCCCGGCCCACCUGGAUUACCUGGCCCCAAGGGUGCAAAGGGUGAUCCCGGGCUGUCUCCAGGUCAGGCGCCAAAAGGAGAGCAGGGUGAGAGAGGACCCCCAGGUCUACCAGGCCCCAACGGUGUUGCAGGCCCGCUGGGUCCCAAAGGCUAUCCAGGUCCGCCAGGUCUGCCAGGAGAACAGGGUUUGCCAGGAUUGCCGGGCAUAGUGGGGGCAGCAGGUUACCCUGGCAGGCAGGGACUGGUGGGUCCAGAGGGAAACCCAGGCCCUAAAGGUGUCAAUGGUUUUAUCGGACCCCCAGGUGUAGCAGGACCACCGGGCCUAGAGGGUGAGAGAGGGAUUCCAGGCCCUGUGGGGAAGAAAGGUCCCAAAGGGAGACAGGGUGUGGUCGGGGACCCUGGGGAGAGGGGCCCUCCUGGACCGGACGGGAAUGAGGGACCUGUUGGAGCAACUGGCACUGGUGGCUUUCCUGGCCUCAGAGGUGACCCUGGGCCUGAGGGACCUCGUGGACUGCCUGGCAUUGUGGGACCUCAGGGCCUGGCGGGAGGGGUGGGGCCACCAGGAUUGAAAGGUGAUAAGGGUGAACCUGGAUCAAGAGGAGAGCCAGGAGAAUAUGGUUACCAAGGUGACAAGGGGGCUGCUGGUAUUCCAGGACCACCUGGCCCACGUGGAAAACCUGGACCAGCGGGGAAAAUAGGUGACCUUGGACCUCAAGGACCACCAGGCCCACCCGGACCUGAGGGAUUUCCCGGAGACAUCGGCGUUCCCGGUCCCAAUGGCCCUCCAGGACCAAAGGGUAAUCAGGGAGCGAGGGGACCUCAGGGGCCUCCGGGGCCAAAGGGAACAGAGGGAGAUGAAGGCCCUUUGGGCCCACCUGGCAAACCUGGGCCCACUGGCAGACCUGGAAGGAAAGGUCAUAUUGGCGAGUCAGGACUUGAGGGACCGAAGGGUGAAGUCGGAGACCCUGGCAUCGUUGGAAAGAGUGGCCCUCCAGGAGCAGUGGGACUGAUUGGACCCACAGGCGUGGUCGGCCCACCUGGGGAAAAGGGUGAUCGUGGUCCAGCAGGACCUUUGGGUCCACCAGGGGAGAAGGGCUCUGUGGGCUAUCCAGGCUUGCCAGGAGGUCCAGGUGAAGUGGGUCCUCAGGGUUCACCUGGUCCACAGGGUCCGAGGGGUGCUGCCGGCAUUCCUGGGCCGAAAGGAAGACGGGGGCUGAGAGGAGCCGAUGGACCUCCUGGAGAGCCGGGACCCGAGGGCGGCAAGGGGGAGAAGGGUGAACCUGGCAAGAAAGGUGCUCCUGGCUUUAUUGGCAAAGCUGGAGGUCCAGGGAAAAGAGGCAAUCCAGGACCACCGGGUGCUACAGGUCCUCCUGGCAGUGCUGGUGAGAAAGGCCCACAUGGUGAACCUGGUGUGAAAGGGCCUCCGGGGGAACCAGGACAAGAUGGAGAGCAAGGACACGAGGGGCCUCCAGGACCUGAAGGAGAGCAGGGGCCUGCUGGAGAACCUGGGCUGAAGGGUGAAGUGGGGCCAGUGGGUGCAGAAGGGGAGCAGGGACAGCAGGGCUUAAGGGGACCACCAGGUCCAACAGGAGAAGACGGACCUCAAGGAAAGGACGGCCCAAAGGGGGAACCAGGUGACCGUGGACCAAUGGGAGAGCCUGGAGAAAGGGGAGAGGUCGGUGACCCUGGACCUCCAGGACCUCCCGGAGAACCUGGUGUAAAAGGAUUCCCGGGACCAGAAGGAAAACAAGGGCUGCCUGGCAGCCGCGGCCGUCAUGGAAAGAAGGGUGAUCGAGGCGCCCCGGGUCAGCCGGGUGAGCCGGGAUCUCAUGGGGAAAUCGGACAGACUGGCGAGAGAGGACUGAAAGGAGCUCGUGGGACCAGAGGACCACAGGGUCAACCAGGAGUUAUGGGGCCGCAGGGGGAGCCGGGAAUGGAAGGGUACACUGGUCACGUUGGCAAGCCUGGUCCACCUGGACCUCCAGGACCAAAAGGUGAAAAGGGUUACCCGGGAGAGGACAACAAAACUCCAGGACCCCCGGGGCCCUUAGGUGAACCAGGUCCUCCAGGUGAGAGGGGAGAGCGAGGAGAACCAGGACAUGACGGAUAUCCAGGUCACAUUGGGGUCCCUGGUGCUCGAGGGCCGAUGGGCCAGCAGGGGCCACCGGGUUCUCCUGGAGCGCCUGGAGAAACAGGACCCAAAGGAGAGAAAGGAACUCAGGGACUGCCAGGAAAAAAAGGUGCUAGGGGUCUUACAGGUUCACCUGGACUAGAGGGGCCUGCUGGUUUGCCUGGGCCCAAAGGGAUGAUGGGAUAUCCUGGAUCUGAUGGUCCUCCUGGUUUGCCAGGAUUACCAGGACUGCCAGGCCUGAUCGGCCGCACAGGUCAGCGUGGUGCUCCAGGUCUAGAGGGCAGGGCGGGGCUUCCUGGUUCACGUGGUGAGCUCGGACUGCCCGGGCCGGUCGGAGAGAGAGGACCAGCUGGACUGCAGGGUGAGAGGGGUUUGCCUGGUGAGAGAGGCACUGCGGGGGCAAAGGGUUUGGAAGGAGCUCCUGGAGACCAGGGCAAGAAGGGUGAGCCUGGCGCCAAAGGACAACCGGGUGAAGUUGGAGAUCCAGGCAUAUUAGGACUGCAGGGUUUCCCAGGACCGAAGGGACCGAAUGGAGAUUUAGGCUUUGUUGGCAUUCCAGGACCCAAAGGGCCUGUGGGCACACUGGGUUUUACAGGUCCUGUUGGUCCAGGAGGAAUGAUUGGCCCAGAGGGGAAGCCUGGUCCACAGGGUCCUAAAGGCGGAAAAGGAGAAAUGGGUCCUCAGGGGCCUCAAGGCAGUCCAGGACCGAGGGGUCCUCCAGGUCCUCCUGGUCCAUCGAGACGUGUGCGCACAAACGCAGCCAUGCAGGCCGUAAUGGAGUCUGACACAGCACUGCAGGAGAGCUACCAGAACACUGAGGUUUCUCUGGAAGAGCAGAGCUCUGAGGUGUUUAGGACUCUGCGCUACCUCAGCAGCGUGAUUGCUAACAUAAGAACACCGAUGGGCACUCGACAAAACCCCGCCCGCUUCUGCAAAGACCUGCUGGACUGCCAGCACAGCCUGGCUGAUGGAAUGUUCUGGAUCGAUCCGAACCUGGGCUGCACAUCUGAUGCCAUCCAGGUGUUCUGUAACUUCACAGCUGGAGGCCAAACCUGCAUCCAUCCGCUCUCCACAAACAAGGUGGCGUUCAGUGUAAGUAAGGUCCAGAUGAAGUUCCUGCACUUGCUGAGCAUCAACGCCACUCAGACCAUCACCUUCCACUGCUACAGUGACCCAGCAACCGUCGCCACGGAGACGCCCGGGGCUGUGCGUUUCCAGGGCUGGAACGGUCAGGUGUUCGAGAAGAACUCCCCACUGCAGCCCCACGUGCUUCAGGACGACUGUCAGGUUCGUGAUGGCCGCUGGCAGCAGUCUCGCUUCCUCCUCCUGGCUCAGGACUCGGCGCAGCUCCCUAUCGUGAACAUCCAGGACCUCCCGCCGGAGCAGGCGGGUGACCAGCGUCACCUGGAGGUCGGACCAGUCUGCUUCCUAUGAGCCGUCUGUGAAAUCACUGAAGGACUUGUUUCAGAACGGCCGGUGUUUGGCCACAAAGGAACGAGGUGCUCCUCCCAUAAUUCAGCGGGUUACCUGGGGUCACUGACGCCUGACCGGGUCAGGGAGAAACCCUGUUUUCAGUGACAGCUGGCUUGUCCAGAAGAACACGAGUGGUUAGUGGAGCGAGGCUCGCUCUGAUAGAGUCUGAGACAGAGGCAGAAUUGUGGCCCAGCGUUUAUUGAGGAAAAUGGUUUUGUCAGUUGUGGUGCUGCAGUCGGGCUGUGUUCACACUAGCAUGUUCUCCUCAACCAUCAGCACAAACUUUACUCACAAAACAAAGGAAAUUUGCCAGUUUCUUCAUAAUGCUUUUAAAAAGUUGAACAAACAGCCGACCAAUCAGGUUGCAGCACCCAGGCUGGUGCAAACACCCAAACUGGGGGGCCGACCGCUGAGUGCUGAGGCACUUCAUGCCUCUACCGCUACACUGCUGAGGCUGAGGCAGGCAGACGGCUCCUAUAAACGAUGAGAAAAAAGUGUUAUCUUUAUUAUUAAUAAUAAAAAAUCUUUUCUAGUCAGCGGUACAAUCAGAUCUCGUUGAGCUCGUCACCAUGGUUACAGAGUGCACGUUGCUUGAGCCUCUUUUGUUUACAUAUCAGCGCAGAAGGGCUUCUUGCAUUUUUUUCUAUUAAAAAAAAACACCUAGUGUGAACACAGCCUCAGGGCCAGGCUUUCAGAACUGUUCUAGAUCAUGUUAUGUUCUGAAUGUGGUGAUUACAGAGACCAAAUCCAUCGGUCAGAGAGUUCUGAAAAACUGGCCCUGUUUGGGUAAAAGUGAUCCCAACAAAACACCAGCAGGCCACUAAAGCACUGUUUCCCAGCCCAAAUACUUAUGGAUAGUUUCGGGGUGAGACUGUUGGUUUGGUCGUGGUUCUGGUAUCAUCACCUCUGAGACGUUCAGUAAAUGUGGUCCUGAUCCUGGAGUGGUGCUGCACCGCAGGGGUCAGGUGAAUCAGUUGGAGUACAGGGCUGUGCAAAAAUCAGAGACCACCUUUCUCUUAUUUAAUUUCAUGUCAGAAAUGGCCAUAAAGUACAAGCUGUUCAUUUUUCAGGAAAAUGUUUAAAUGGUAAAUAAUCCACUUGCACAAGGAGUGAGAUUAAAAGCUACAAUGAAAAUGACCUCCUAACAACCACCUGGAAGACCUGGUAGACCCCAAAACUGCCCCCAUCAGAUAAACAGCACUUAAAGCUUUCAUCUUUGAGAGAGAGGAGAAG